AUGUUUAUAAUUAAAGAAAAUUAAUAAAAAUAAUAAACAGUGAAAGAGGCUCUCUUCAAUGCCAUGGCGGAAAACAAAGAAAGUAUUAGUGAUUCGGUGCCAGAUGCGCCACUUGCAUCGCCAGGGCAGCAACCUCAGUCUGAGCAAAAAAUGGAAAAGCCGGAUGGUUCUAAAGAACCUGCAGCUGCUUCGAAAGAACCUACACCCGCUGUAGCAGAGAGAGAGAGUGAAGCAAUGGAGACGGAGACAGAAGUCAAGGAAGAUGCUGAGGAGAAACCUCCUGAAGAAACUCCCAAGAAAGAUGAGAAGGAGGAGCAAGGGGCUGUACCGUCUGACCAGCCAAAGGAACCGAGUGAGGGAGAAGGGUCAGCAGUAACAGCACCGCCCGAAGCACCACCAGAACCGCAAGCACCACAAGUAACUGAAGGAGAUGGGAAUGCAGAGGCAGAUGCUCCUGAAGAACCAAUGGAGGUCACGGAGAGUGAGGCUGUGGAGGUCCAGGAGACAGUGGAGACAAGUGUCCUGGAAACAACAACAACAGUGACAGCAGCUGAGGUUGAGCCAUUGCCUGUGCAGGAGGAACCGUCUGUGGUUGAGGAUGUUAUGAUGGAGGUGGAGAACAAGGAGAACAUCUCGGAUAAUGUUACAGUCUCCUCCCAGGACAGCGGGGAUAAGACGGACACCGAAAAGAUGGAGCCCUCUGGAGACUGCUAUUGUGGCGAAGGGAGAAGUUAUGAAGACGUUGAACUCCAGUGUAACCAAUGUUUUAAAUGGUUUCACAAGGCUUGCAUCAAGACUGUCAGUGUUGCGAACACUGUUCCCUUUAUGACUACCUACACAUUCUGUUGCAAGAAUUGCAAUGUCAGCAAACUGGAAACUUUCAGCAGAAAAGUUGCAAACUUCAAGGAGCUUUGCCAGUGUGCCCUUGCCAAUCUCCAGGCCAAGCACAAGUCACUGGACCCUCCCAAGACCAUGUUCUCGAAGGAAACUGAUCUGAUUCCGUUCAUCGAUACCCACUGGGAACAACUCACACCCAUGCCCCGACGAACCACCAUCACCUGGCACGGCACAAUCGUCAAAGCUAUGAUGAAAGACGAUGAUGUCUUUAUCUGCAAGGAGAAGCCGGACAACCCUGCCGCUUCUGACGCAGAGUAUCCCAUCUUUGGACUGCUUGAACAGGAUCUUUCAAAGAUAACGCCUUACUCAGAAUCCAAGUUAGGAUCCAGUCUUAAAGUGGAAUCACAGAAACUCAGCUCAUCUCUUUCUAGUUCUCUCAAUGGUAGUUCCAAUCUUGUGUCUUCUCAGAGGAUAAGCAGGAGUGCGAAGAGGAAAGGGUUCGACAGCAACCAGGGAGUGACAUCGAGUAAAAGGACAAGAAGUGAAGUGCCUGCCUCUCAAAAGCUGCCAGCCCACGGUUACCCGUUGGAGCACCCGUUCAACAAGGAUGGCUACCGGUAUGUCCUGACGGAGCCCGACCCUCAUGCCCCUAGCAGUGCCUUCGAGGAAGAUCAGUGGAUAGGCAAACCCAUCCCAGCCCAUCUUUACCGUAUGGCUCUCAGCAAGGAUGUUCUCUUGGCUCUUCACGACAGGGCUCCACAAUUGAAGAUUUCCGAGGAUCGUCUCACGGUCACCGGGGACAGAGGAUACUGCAUGGUGAGAUCAACCCAUGGUAUCAAGAGAGGGUCAUGGUACUUUGAGGUCACGGUGGAUCAGAUGCCUGAGGGUAGUGCUACAAGAUUAGGGUGGUCUCAACCAUUAGGUAACUUGCAAGCUCCACUUGGCUACGACAAAUUCUCGUACUCGUGGAGGAGUAGGAAGGGGACAAAGUUUCACGAGAGCCGAGGCAAGCACUACAGCGAUGGUUACGGAGAGGGCGAUACAUUAGGCUUCUUUAUUCAGCUACCAGAGAAAACAGAGAAAGAUGAAAUCAUUCCUCCAACCUACAAAGACAGGGCCCUGAUUAAAUUUAAGAGUCAUCUGUAUUUUGAGGAGAAAGACCAGACAUCCGAGGCGGAGAAAGCUCUCGUACCUACGACAGGCACAAAGAUCAUCUUCUUUAAGAAUGGGGAGAGCCUAGGUGUAGCGUAUGAGAAUGUUUAUGAAGGAAUUUACCAUCCGGCAGUCUCUCUAUAUAAACAGAGCACUGUCACUGUGAAUUUUGGGCCUGAUUUCAAGUACCCACCCAAGUCCAUCCCAGAUCAUCGACCUAUCAGCGAUUUGGCCUACCUAUCGGCUGUGGAACAGACGAUAUCGGACAUUCUGUUCAUAGUGGAACAUGAAAAGGACUAUGAAUUGGCUGCACGAGGCGUACUCAUUGACAUUUAACCCAAUCGUUGCCGUAACAUGGUUUUUCACAUGUCAAGCCUAUAGGAAAAAUUGGAGUCAGCUGUCACCAGGUUAUUUUAACAACUACCAUUGAUUGUGAAAAGUCAGGAUAGAAUUGGGAAGGAUGUACAGUACUCAUCAUGUGAUUGCCUGACAUUGCAUUCAACUGUAAGAGUGCAUCUGAUAACAGGGAACAUUUCAUCAACACUUUGUAUGACAAGUGUCUGACCUGAUAUCUUGCCUUGAAUUUGAUUGGCUGAGCACUGUUACUAUGGUAACUGUCAAAUAAAACGUCCGACAAAUCUUUUCAUGAAACACUGACAUAGCUCUAGCUGCACCCUUGGGCAAUGAAUAUGGUCAAAGUUCCAUUUAUUAUUGUUAUUGAAUAGACGUUUAAUCUAUCUUCCUAUGCCUGAAUGCUACACAAAAUGAUGCUUGGUUUCAUUGCUAUACCAUGUAAUAUAAUUUGCAAAUUUAUUUAACUGAAUAACUGAAUCUUAGCUUACAGCUGAUGUAGGAUGCUGAAGAAGGACGACAUGAAUGAAC